AUGGCUCCAUCCCUUCGAGCUUGGGCUUUUGACCAGCAUCGAAAUAUUGCGCCUUUGGGGAAUGCCUUUUCCGGUCGAUUGCCAACGGAGAUUGGAUUGCUGACCAGCCUGACCGAGUUUCAAGCAGCCAGAAACUCUCUUACAGGUCCCAUCCCCUCGGAGGUUGGGCUAUUGACCAACAUGGAAAUAUUGUACCUUUUGGAAAAUGCCUUUUCCGGUCAAUUGCCAACAGAGAUUGGAUUGCUGACCGGCGUGAAGGAUUUUCAAGCAUCCAGAACUCUCUUAAUGGUCCAUCCCUCGGAGCUUGGGCUUUUGACCAGCAUGGAAAUAUUUACCUUUGGGGAAAUGGCUUUUCCAGUCAAUUGCCCAGUGAGAUGGAUUGCUAACUGGCCUGAAGGAUUUUCAAGCAUCCAGCAACUCUCUUAA